CAGUCGUCUGGGAGACUUCAGACGGUUCGGUUGUUGAUAGAAUUUCUAGCGGAGAACGAUAGUUAAUAUAAUGAAGUGGAAGAAUGUACUGCAGGUACUCCUGUUGGGCCUUGUGGCUCUCCAGCAAGUGGAUUUAGGGGAGGGUGCUCGCAUCCUGGCAGCCUUUAUAUUUCCCGCCUCAAGCCACUUCGUGAUCACAAAUGCCAUUAUCCGGGAACUGGUGAAACAAGGUCAUGAGGUAACCUUCAUCACACCUUACUCCUUGGCCAAAGAGAACUUGGGACCGAACUAUAAGGAAAUUGUGAUUGGCCGGUAUCCAUCCUGGAACAGGAUGAAGGAACUGACAAACACCAAUGCCGUCAUAGAAAUGGCUGAAGUGAGCAGUUUCACCUUCUCCCGUAUGGUUCACACCAUUGGGCCAGAAAGCACAGAUUUCGCUUUUGAACACCCCGAAGUCCAGGCCCUUUUCAACGCGAAGGAUAAAGUUGGGAAAUACGAUCUCCUGUUGGUGGAGCAGUGCUUCAAUGAGGGUGCUCUCAUCCUGGGCCACUUGUAUCAGAUUCCAGCCAUUACCAUCUCUACUUUUGGAUACGCCAACUAUUUUAGCCAACUCCAUGGCAUUAUCUCACCUUGGUCUUAUGUUCCCCAUCUCUAUAUGCCGUAUUCCGACCGCAUGUCCUUCUGGGAGCGUAUUGGAAAUGUAUUCACGAGUGGUGCGGACGACCUCCUGAGGAAAUUUUCCUACUAUCCUGAGCAGGACGCUGUCCUUCGGAAACACUUUUCCGAUAAGCUGGAUAGAGUUCCGACCACAGCGGAACUAGAAGCCAAUGUCUCUGCUAUUUUCAUCAACAGUUACAUGCCAUUGGCGUCGCCAAGGCCACUCUCCUACAAUAUGAUUCCGGUGGGAGGACUUCACAUUAAAGAGCCCAAGGCUCUGCCAGAAAACCUGCAGAAGUUUCUCGACGGAGCCACUCAUGGAGCCAUUUACUUCAGCUUGGGAUCUCAAGUGCGGAAUGCGGACCUGCCGCCCGAGAAGCUCCAAAUACUUCUUGAAGUCUUCGGCAGCCUCAAGCAGCGCGUUUUGUGGAAGUUCGAGGAUGAGAAUCUGCCCCCCAAUCUACCAGCCAAUGUAAAGAUCCAAGCGUGGAUGCCGCAGAGCGAUAUCCUGGCACAUCCCAAGGUCAAGGUAUUCAUUGCCCACGGAGGACUCUUUGGACUUCAAGAGGGUGUGCACUAUGGAGUUCCCAUCCUGGGCAUUCCCAUCUUUGGCGAUCAGUAUUCGAACCUCAAGAGGGGGGAGAAGUCGGGCUUUGCUCUGGUCUUAAACUACCGGACGUUCACCGCAGAUGAGCUUCGAAGUUCCUUGCUGGAGCUGUUGGAGAACCCGAAGUAUCGAGACAACAUUAAAAAGGCAUCUAAAAUAUUCCGCGAUAGACCUCUGAGUGCCAUGGACACGGCCAUGUACUGGAUCAACUAUGUGAUCGAGCACCGAGGAGCUCCCCAUCUAGUCUCCGUUGGUGUGGAGCUUCCCUGGUACCAGUUCUACCUCCUGGAUGUAAUUGGACUGGCACUAGCCGUAACCCUGCUACCAAUUCUGGCUCUUUUCUUUGCUUGUCGAAUUAUUUUCAAAUCCCCCAGAAAUAUCAAUAAGCAAAAGGCGAAAAAGAGCUAAGAAGGGUACCAUUUUGUAGAAUUAUGUUAGUUUAUUAGUGACCGUGCCACUGAACAUAUUUAUUUCCAUAUGUCUAACUGGAAAAAACACGAUUUAUUGAAACAAAUAAACAAAAUAAACCUAUGA